UCCAAAAGAGGAAGUUCCUAGUGACGUCAUCGCUGGGUUUAUGGCUGAUCCGGGUAGUCAACAGCUUAGGUGUAUUUCGUUUUGAUUCUGUUUCGUUUGGAGUUUUGGACGUUCGGCGUUAAAUGGCGAAUAAAGAAUUACCAUGAAACUCCGGUUGCAGAAUGACAGAAGAGCAGUGAAAGUGAGGGAGUCUCCUACUGUCAUGCAGCCUAAUUCCAACCAGGAACGCACUCAUACGACAAAUGGUUUAUCCCUUCCUCUGCAAGCAGAGCUUCCCACCAGGACGUCACCCUCCGGUGCAGCGGCAUCUGCCCACUCAGACGGUGAUGAGGUGCAUGUAUCCAUGAGCGGCGCGAUGGGCGAAUCCGCCGGGAGCACCUCGGCAAGGAGGUCCAGAGUCAACCCACGCGGCCACUCUCAUUCCCACGGACAUGCUCGCGGGCAGCGACAGCCCACUCCUGAGCCUCACUCGACGGACUCCGGGGACCCGGACUCUGGAGACCCGAGUGCCUCGCUGUCGGAGCUACGCUGCCUGUUUCGUUGGCUCCAAAAGAGUCUUCCUUUUCUUGUCAUAUUAAGCGCCAAACUGGUCAUCCAGCAUGCGCUAGGGCUUGCUGUUGGUGUUGGCCUCGUCACCACUUUUUUCUAUGUGAAUAAAAGCAUCCAAAUGCAAGUGUUUCUUCAGGGUCGACAUGUGAAGCUGCAAUUCGUAUUGCUGCUGCUGCUCCUGGUUUCCUCUACCCUUUUGCUUUACUACACCUUCCUCCCUCAGUCACUUUACAACUGCCUUGUGUUCCUCAGUCCAACUAUUGAGCCUCUGGGAUUCUGGGAAGUCCUGUGGGCAGUGGGCAUCACCAAUUUUAUCUUAAAAUUCCUCUUCAUGGGGAUCAAGUGCCUUCUCCUGCUGCUGCCUGCUUUGUUGGUCAACUAUAGAACACAGGGCCGCUGGUUGCUGCUGAGCGAGGAGUUAGGGCAGAUGUACCAGGCCGUGGCGCCCGCGCCGGUCUGGUUCCGAUACCUGGUCACCUAUCAGGAAGCCGACGGCGCCCCGGCGCUCACCGUGGGCGUUUUGCUGGCUCUGCUCUACCUCAUACUAAAGCUUUUAGAUUUGUACGGACAGGGGACGUCUUCACUGAAGACUAUCAGGAUCUUCUUAAAGAACGAGCACACAGGGACACCUGCUACUCGGAGCCAGUGUGCGGAGUCCGGAGACAUAUGUGCCAUCUGUCAGGGAGAGUACAGAGAGCCUCAAGCGCUCAUCUGUCAGCAUAUUUUCUGUGACGAGUGCAUCGCUCUGUGGUUUAACCGGGAGAAGAGCUGCCCCCUCUGCCGCACCGUCAUCACAGAAAAGGUGUACAAGUGGAGAGACGGAGCCACAUCCCCGCACCUGCAGAUUUACUAAUCGCACGCAUUUGGGAGCUUUAAUGAAUGAGACGUUGUAUGAUUGUUCAAUUUGUAUGACACUGUUCAUUUCCUUUUUCCAAAGCCACUCACCGUUGAAGUCUCUGUAUCUCAUAAUCCAAAUUAUAGGGUCUUUAAGUUAAAUGAUACUUUUCCCAAGUGCAUAUAUAAUUUCCAAUGUCCUACCCACACACACAUUUCAGUGUUUUUUGUGUUGAGUUGUACUAAAAUUUUCCUCAUGGACCAGCAUAUUGUUCUUCCAAAUUAUUCUUCUAAUGUAAAUAUCAAAUUUUUUCUGGAUUACAGACUUCAAUAGAUGAGUAAUGUCUAUCUAUUGCUACAUUUGAUCCAUACAUGUGAAUUUAAGAUCUGACCUGGGGUGAUUGCUGGAGAUGUCUUGAAGACUUCCAGUCGAUUGGGGACACUGCAAUGCUAAUAGAAGAGGUUCGAACUCUCGCAGCAGCCUGUAUCAGGCGGAAAUGACGGUCACACACAUAGUGUACACAUGUAAACUGGUGCUACCAGUUGCUAUUUUUCUAGGUCACAUCCAAAUAUGGUCGCAGCUCAGCUGGGCAAGAUUUUGUAAAGGUUUUUGAAUAUUUUUACAGAGGUGAUGUAGCGUCCUUGUAAAAAUUUGAGAAAUAAAUUUUAUGCUAUUAAAUCUUA